AUGUCAGGUCUUCUUUGGCUCCUAAGUGCAUGGGCUCUUAUUGGCAUUGGAACGUCUCAAACAGUCACUGAUCAAGCCAGAGAAUUCUUAAGGCAGUUUAAUGAAAAUGCAGAACCUCUGUAUCAUCAAAGUGCUCAGGCGCAAUGGGAAUAUAAUACAAACAUCACUGAUGAGAAUGCACAAAAAAUGAAUGAAGAAGCGGCAAAAUGGUCGGCAUUUUACAGCGAAGCGAGUGAUAAUUCUUCAAGAUUUCCACUAGAUCAAAUAACAGAUCCAGAUAUCGAGUUACAGCUUAUCUUUCUUGGAGAAAAGGGAGCAUCAGCACUGCCACCUGAAAAAUACAGCAGAUUGAAUCAAAUUUUAAAUGACAUGAGUACAAUUUACAGCACAGCAAAAGUAUGCAAGCCAAAUAACCCAAAGGAUUGUCUGGCGUUUGAACCAGGACUGGACCUAAUAAUGUCAAACAGUGACAACUAUGAGGAAAGACUCUGGGCUUGGGAAGGCUGGAGAGCAGAGGCUGGAAAGAAAAUGAGACCAUUAUAUGAAGAAUAUGUAGACUUGGAAAAUGAAGCAGCACGCCUUAAUAAUUAUGCUGAUUAUGGAGAUUACUGGAGAGGAAACUACGAAACUCUGAGUAAUGGGAAAUACGCCUAUAGCCGUGAAGACCUGAAAAUGGAUGCAGAAAAAACAUUUUAUGAGACACUUCCACUGUACAAAGAAUUGCACACAUAUGUGAGAGCAAAGUUACAAAAACAUUAUGGAGAAGAAAAAAUUGGUUCCACUGGCUUCCUUCCUGCACAUUUACUAGGAGACAUGUGGGGCAGGUUUUGGACAAAUUUGUACCCUCUGGCGAUUCCAUUUCCAGAUAAAGAAAGCAUUGAUGUGACCCCUGCCAUGAUUAAACAGAACUGGACAGUAGAUAAAAUGUUCAGGGAAGCUGAAUCAUUUUUCAUGUCUAUUGGACUGUUUGAAUUACUUCCUAAUUUCUGGACAAAUUCUAUGCUCCAAGAACCUGGCGAUGGAAGGAGCGUUGUAUGCCACCCUACAGCUUGGGAUCUGGGAAUGAAAGAUUUCAGGAUCAAGAUGUGCACUAAGAUAAAUAUGGAAGACUUUCUAACAGUCCAUCAUGAGUUGGGACAUAUUCAGUAUGAUAUGGCCUACACCAAUCUUUCUAUGAUGUUGCGAGAUGGUGCAAAUGAAGGCUUUCAUGAAGCUGUAGGAGAAAUUAUGUCACUUUCAGCAGCUACACCAAAACAUUUAAAGACCCUUGGACUUUUGCCUGAUAAUUUUGUAGAGGACCAUGAAACAGAUAUCAACUUCUUACUAAGACAAGCUCUAACAAUUGUUGGCACAUUGCCUUUCACCUACAUGCUAGAGUUGUGGAGAUGGAAAGUGCUUAGUGGAGAAAUCACUAAAGAUCAAUGGAUGAAGACUUGGUGGGAGAUGAAAGAAGAACUAGUAGGUGUGACGUCACCAGUCCAUCAUGAUGAAACAUACUGUGACCCUGCAGCUCUUUUCCAUGUGGCCAAUGACUAUUCUUUCAUUAGGUAUUAUACAAGAACUAUCUAUCAAUUCCAGUUUCAGGAAGCACUUUGCAAAGCUGCAAAUCAUAUUGGGCCUCUUCACACUUGUGAUAUCACUAACUCUAAAGAAGCUGGUGCAAAGCUACUUGCCAUGUUGGAACUAGGAAAAUCUCAACCCUGGACAAAAGCACUGGAGAACAUAGCAGGAGUUACAAGAAUGGAUGCUAAACCUCUGCUAAAUUAUUUUGAACCAUUAUAUCAAUGGCUAAAGAAAGAUAAUAUGGAGAAUGGAAGAGUUAAUCACUGGAACACAUGUUCAAAUCAACUAUUAAAAGUGAGGAUAAGUUUAAAGACUGGGUUAGGCGACAAUGCGUAUACAUGGGAUGCAAGUGAAAGGUUUUUAUUCCAGUCAUCAAUGGCAUAUGCUAUGUCAAAAUAUAUUGCUGAAUAUGAGAAACAAGAAAUACCAUUUACAUCUGAAAAUGUGAAAAUUUAUAAUGAAACUCAGAGAAUAUCAUUCCUGUUCUGUAUUACUUAUCCCACAACCAAUGAUGUCAUAUCAAAAUAUGAAGUGCAGGAAGCAGUUCGAUUUUCAAGAGGACGAAUCAACAAUAUAUUUAGACUUGAUGACAACACGCUGGAGUUUGUGGGUAUUCCUGCUACCUUACAACCUCGUGUCGAGCAGUCAAUCACUGUGUGGCUAGUCGUUUUUGGAGUUGUAGCUGGUGUAUUGGUAGUCGCAAUGGUUGCUCUCAUUAUUGUUGGUCAAAAGGAUAAGAAGAAGAAAAGAAAAGCUGCAAAAGCGAAACAAUUAAGUCAACCAGAAACUGUUCAAAGCGGAGAUCUACAGCCAAAUACAUUUGCCACGGUUGCAGAAACAAAUAAAGCAUUUGAAUCAGAGGACAGUGUGCAGACAAACUUUUAACAGAUGCUGAAUCCAUCUAUUCUUUCUUUUGCGAAUAUACAUUGGCUCUCUGUAUCUGGAUCCUGCUAUACACAGUCAAUAAACUGUAAUAAACAGCAUCUCUAUAUGAAAUGUAGAGAAUAUACAAUUACAACUUCGGAAUGUUCUAUUCAGUAAACAUCAGCAAGAACAUUAAUAUAAUAGAACAUUCAAGAGCCUUAAUAAUGCUAAACUGAACCUUUAUUACAUUUUAUGUUAAUCCAUCAUAAUUAAAGAAAUUCCAUACAAUACUGUUUUGCUAUUCUAUCAGAUGAAGACAUAGGCAUAAAGGUACCUUUAAGACCUGUAGGCUUUUUGUUUUGUUUUUUAACAAGAAGGUCCACAGAUCACUCAUUAGAAGAAUGGGAUUUAGAUCUUUCAGAAUAUGGCUUUGUGACUUUUCAGGUGUCGAGUGAUCACAUGACAAUUGCAGUUUUGGGUCUUACAUUGAAAGAAACAAAGAACCAGUCAAUGGGAAAUUAAGCAUAAUGAAACAAUAUCUGUUAUUUACCCUACAUAGGGCUUGAUUGCGAGUGGAGCAAUAUUUAUUGCUCCUGCUCACGCGCUUUCUCACCUAGAAGUAAGCUUUUUUGCGCACGUCGUGUAGCACGCGUAUUACAAGUUGAAAACAGCUUUAAUGUAUUACCUCUAGUCUUCAAUGGAGAAAAGUAGGGGAAAAAACAAACUCCUAAGAAGUUGAGCAAACCUAAUCGCGUUUUCUCAAGCGCGCUAAUCCAACAUGAAAACAUGAAAUAUUAAUAUUUCCAAUUCCAAUGUUCUUCAAAUAGUAGAAUAUAUAAGGAGCAGCAGUCUUAAGACCGUUGCUUAGUAAAUCAGCCCCAAAAAAUCAAUUAUUAAUUAAAUAUUUAAUUAAUUUGCUUGAUUUGUUGUCUAGGGUUUAAGGAAGAUGAGCGAUUGGAGUAUGAGAAGAAUGUGAGAGGGGGAGGAACCAUAAUGAAGAUAUAGAGUUUUAAAGGUCUUUAUGAGUAGGGGGGGACAAAAGAUGGGGGAGGUACAAAAUACAUGUGAGGCCUGUGAAGCAGAAACUGUGUUGACUGGUAAUAAGAGAAAAAUGAAAGCCCACAUGAGGGUGAUUCAACAUCAGAUGCUGAACUAUGACUAGUUUCUGAUUAAAAAAAGAUAAAGGAAAAGAAAAGAAAAGAAAAGAAAGAAAAGAAUAUUAAAUCAGGGAAUAAUGAGGAUCCUGGAAAUACAAAGUCAACAUAAUAGCGAUAAUGGAAGUGAGCUUCUGAACUUUUCCUAUGUUUGCUAGAUAGAUCUGAGGAACUAUAAUGCUGAUUGUCCUUCAACGUAAUUUUAGCAUUCAUAAAAAGUUACAU